AUGGAACAAUUCAAAGACGACUAUUUUGUUGGAGAAGCUUUAAAUUAUUGUAAUAUGGCUGCCGACACAAGUACCACAGGAGAUAAUAUAAAUCUGCUGUGGAAGUAUUUUUAUUUAAACGAAGCGGGAGGAUAUGUGCACAGUUUCUUGCAAGAGCAUCCUAAUUUAAAGGAAGCAAUUGAUGCUGAAAUGCAGCCCUUAUUCGACGAACUUAGUGUCAUAACUGCUCAACUUCAGAAGAUGAAUAUAACGAAGGAUGAUCCAUCUCGCAAAGGGAGUCCUGCGGACAUGACCCCGGCUAAUAAGCAGCCUUGCGAAGACAAAGAUGGUACUGAGAAUUUAAAGAAAGAAUUUCGGAAAAAAAUAUUGCCACCACAUUCCAUGCAAAACGGUGUUAAAUGGGAUGAUAUCGUUGGACAAGAAGGAGUAAAAAAAAUUAUAGGUACGAAACUAGUGCGACCGAUAAAAUACCCAGACCUUUUUCCUCUAUCGAAAACGAUGGACCGCAACAUUCUGUUUUUCGGGGCCCCAGGAACUGGUCAGUGA